AGGUUGUUGUGCUGGCGAGCAAUUGGGCUGUUGUUGAUAUGCUAAUGAGGCGAUUAGACUGUGGGUAAAGAGCUGGAAAAGGGAAAAGUUUCCACCAUUAGAGGGAGAUCUCCGAGCGCGGACGGGAGCGCUGCCGAGCCUCCGCCAGCCGCGCUCCCCACGCCGCCCGGCACCGCCACCGUAGGGAGAGGCAAGGCAGGGAGAACCAAAUCCUCUCUCUCUCGCCAAUCCAUGAAAAUGCUUUGGAAACUGACGGAUAAUAUCAAGUAUGAGGAAUGUGAGGAGCGCCACGACAGUACCAGCAACGGGACAGCCCGGCUACCCCAGUUGGGGACCGUGGGUCAGUCUCCCUACACCAGCGCCCCACCGCUCUCCCACACCCCCAACGCCGACUUCCAGCCCCCUUACUUCCCCCCCCCUUACCAGCCCAUCUACCCCCAGUCUCAGGACCCCUACUCCCACGUGAACGACCCGUACAGCCUCAACCCCCUCCAUGCCCAGCCACAGCCCCAGCACCCAGGAUGGCCGGGACAGAGGCAGAGCCAGGAGACGGGGCUGCUCCACACGCACCGGGGUUUGCCCCACCAGCUCUCGGGGCUCGACCCACGCAGGGACUACCGGCGGCACGACGACCUGCUGCACGCCCCGCACGGGCUGGGCUCGGGGCUGGCCGACCUGCCCCUCCACUCCAUCCCCCACGCCAUCGAGGACGUGCCGCACGUAGAAGACCCCGGUAUUAACAUCCCAGAUCAAACUGUAAUUAAGAAAGGCCCCGUGUCCCUCUCCAAGUCUAACAACAACGCCGUCUCCUCCAUCCCCAUCAACAAGGACGCGCUCUUCGGCGGGGUGGUGAACCCCAACGAGGUCUUCUGCUCGGUGCCGGGCCGCCUCUCGCUGCUCAGCUCCACCUCCAAGUACAAGGUCACGGUGGCGGAAGUGCAGAGACGCCUGUCGCCGCCCGAGUGCCUCAACGCCUCCCUGCUGGGCGGAGUGCUCCGGAGGGCAAAGUCUAAAAACGGAGGGAGAUCUCUGAGGGAGAAACUGGACAAAAUAGGACUAAACCUGCCAGCCGGGAGGCGUAAAGCUGCUAACGUUACCUUGCUCACAUCGCUCGUGGAGGGAGAAGCAGUACAUCUAGCUAGAGAUUUUGGGUACGUUUGUGAGACAGAAUUUCCUGCCAAAGCAGUAGCUGAAUUUCUCAACCGACAACAUUCCGAUCCAAACGAGCAAGUCACAAGAAAAAACAUGCUUCUAGCAACAAAACAGAUCUGUAAAGAGUUCACCGACCUGCUGGCUCAGGACCGAUCUCCCCUGGGGAACUCGCGGCCCAACCCCAUUUUGGAGCCGGGCAUCCAGAGCUGCCUGACCCACUUCAACCUCAUCUCACACGGCUUUGGGAGCCCGGCGGUGUGUGCUGCCGUCACCGCCCUGCAGAACUAUCUCACCGAGGCGCUCAAGGCCAUGGACAAAAUGUACCUCAGCAACAACCCCAACAGCCACACAGACAACAGCACCAAAAGCGGCGACAAAGAGGAGAAGCACCGAAAGUGAGGAUGCCCCCCCCCAACUCCCCUCCCUUCCCCCUCAUAGCCCAUCGAUCCAUUCAUCUCCCUCCUCCCUCUCCCCGGGACCCAGCACCCCAGGCUACAGCAACAGAAUGAGCGUCCUUCUGCCAGUCCUGUUCUCUGACUCUGCAGGACUGCUCUACCCUCUCCCCACACCCCUUCCCAGCAUCCACAUUUCCAUUUGCUCCCACUUAAAUUCCCCCUUCUUCCCACUGCCAUCAUCGUUUUACCCCAGUUUGGAGCCUAAGAGAACAGAACAGGGGGACGGAGCCAGCAAAGAAAAAAAGUUCUGUCU